GCUGACUUGGGGCCUGGGGGCUGUUGUGGCCUUUGGCCAUCCUCCAGCUAUUUAGGUAGUGUGGAAGUUGCACCCGUGUGCGUGUGGGUGCAGACGUGCGUCUGACCACAGGAGCAGGGGGAGCAUGAAGUUUGGACUUUCCUGAGCAACUGAAGUGGAACGUGGAGCUUGCUGGCCCAGGAGAGCACGAUGGACGGCGGCGAACAAGGGGGCAAGAACAGCGGCCCGCCCCAGGGGCCAGGAGCCUGUCCUGCUACCAGGCUCUUUUCAAACCCAUUGAUGGGCGAUGCUGUGUCUGACUGGUCUCCUGUGCAUGAGGCUGCAGUCCUCGGACGUCCGCUGUCUCUGAGGAACCUCAUAAACCAGGGGUGGCCUGUGAACCUUGUCACAGCAGAUCGUGUCUCCCCACUUCAUGAAGCCUGUCUUGGAGGUCAUCUCUCCUGUGCUAACAUUUUAUUAAGACAUGGGGCUGACGUGAAUGGUGUGACGGCAGACUGGCAUACUCCCUUGUUCAACGCCUGCAUCAGCGGCAGCCGGGACUGUGUGAGUGUGCUUCUGCAGCACGGAGCCAACCCACACCCUGAGAAUGAUCUGGCAUCUCCCAUCCAUGAAGCUGCUAAGAGAGGCCAUGUGGAGUGUAUUGAGUCCCUUAUUACUUAUGGGACCAACAUCGACUAUAACAUCAGCCACCUGGGCACUCCACUCUAUGUGGCUUGUGAAAAACUGCAGAUAGCCUGCGUCAGAAAGCUUCUGGAGUCAGGAGCAAAUGUGAACCAAGGAAGAGGUCUAGAUUCCCCUCUUCAUGCUGUGGCCAGGACCUUGAGCGAGGACCUGGCCAAUAUGCUCUUGGACUUUGGGGCUGACAUCCAGGCCAAGAAUGCCGAAGGCAAACGUCCUGUGGAUCUGGUGCCUCCAGAUAAUCCUCUGAGCCAGCUCUUCAUGGAGAGAGAAGGGCCUCCUUCUUUGAUGCAGUUAUGCCGCCUUCGAAUUCGGAAGUGCUUUAGAACUGGGCAGCAUCAUAACAUAACCGGCCUCGUCCUCCCAGAGGAGCUGAAACGGUUUCUCCUACAUCUUUAAAUGCACCAAGGGCAUGGAUUCACAGACAACAUGGAAACAUUAUUGAGUGUUGUCGCCACUAAAAAUUUAAAAUAAAAUUAGAUUUCUAGAGUUUGGCUAGUUUUUU